AUGGAGGGCAUUAGAGAAACUGAAGAAUGGACAGAUGAAAAACACAGCAUGUAUAUAAAGUCAAUAGAAGCAUCUUUUGUUAAUGACUUAUAUGAUUCUAAACAAGGAAAUUCUACUACUGGCCAGUUCAAGGUUCUUCGCGGUGGCUGUUGGCAAAAGAUGAAUUUCGAACGCGAGAAUUCACAAAUGAGUAGAGGUAAUUCGCGCAAUGAUUUAAUCGCAAAUCCAUGGAUUCAGCACUAUCGAAGUUCAAACAAACAAGAAAAUGUAGUAGCUCCAUCAUACCCUACAACAACUCAAGUUGUUAGUUUAAGCCAUAGGAAAAAAAUGUAUGAAUCUCAAGUUUAUGAUCAAAAUAUGAUUUCUAGCGAUACAGAAGUGUCGGAUCAGAAUUUUGUUGAUGAAGAAGUGAAAUGUGAAAGGAAAAGCACAAGUAGUGCGAAAAGACGAAAAUCUUUUGAUUGUUGA